AUGGAGACACUUCAUUUCGUUGAUUCGAAUUCGUCGAUACCUUCUCUUUUUGGUUUGAACACGGCGAAUUUCAAAAUGACAAAUGCAGACUCGUCUUCCCAUGUACAAAACAGUGAUUCCGAUUCAAACAAUCGACUCCCAACAGCCAUCCUUACUAAACCUCCUAACCAUUCCUUCAAGCAUGUUCAUGUUCUUCAGUGCCCAGGAUGUCAAUUCUCAACUCUGAUUUCAUUAACAUUACAAGGACAUAUUAAAGCCAAUCAUCCAACAAUUGACUCCUUCACCGCAUUUUCCUGUUCGGAUUGUGGUGCUAAAACCACAGAGAAAAAUUUGCUCGAGGAUCACAUGAAAUUAUACCAUCCUAAUGCUGAGCAACCAUAUAAGUUUUUGGAGCUUCGCCACUCUGUAACAUCCUUGGUGGAUGUUGUUCCGUUAGACAGUCCUCAUUCAACAAAUCCGACCAACCCAACCACCACUGCUCAAGCCAUACGACCGGAAUCUUCCUCACCUCCCAUUAUCACCUCCCCUCAAAAAACCACAGUUACAUCACACGCUUUAGUCAAAGCGGAAUCUGCAACUGACGUAACUGAGAAAUCCACCAACGCGAUUCAAGGGUCUAAAAAACGAAAAGCCCAUACUCCUGGAAAAAUUACACCUGCUGCUUUACCAGUGAAUGGUGAUGCUGAAUACUCUGCUGCUGAAUCUGAGUCUAAGCGAAUCAAAUUAGACAAAUCCCUAGAACCGAAUGUUGAAAUAGAUACAAAACCGGAGGGUAGCAGCACUUCUCAAAACGAGCUUACAUCGAAUGCCACUUCAACAACCAUGGUCUGCACUGUAAAUGGAUUCAUGGAAGCUCUGAAAAACCGGCAGCAACUAGCAAAUGCUCAACAGAAUGCAACGGCCCCAAAAAUUACAACCACCUCCAUUAUGAUGGACUCGAAUGUGGCAAAGAAUUUGGUGAAUCAACUGCUGGCCUCCGCACAAGGAAAGAUUGAACUUGGCGCGUCUCCAUCGUCGUCAACAAAUCAAGCCAACUUAUCUGUUGAUCAAGCGCUGGAUAUGUCGAUGAGAUCAACGCUAGAGCUAGGACAACAACUACAAGCUGGCUUGAAGACAUCCGAGCUGAAACUAUCCGAUCUAAUUCAAACAAACCAAUUCAAUCUACGUGGCCUAUUGGGUGGACAGUCGACGGUAACGACAACGCUAGGAACUCCUGGUGUUCAACAAAUUACCAUCGGCCUUCCCACUUCAAAUACACCAACAAGUCAGACUACCUCUAUGCUUGAUCCCGAGAUCCUCAAGCAACUACAAAGUUCAUCUCAGAUGGUUAGCCUUUCUCAAGUACAAGCAUUACUCUCUCUUCUCGGGGGUAAUAAACCAAUAGUCCAGACUCCAAAAGAGAUCUCCACUCUCGAUGAUAUCCUCACGUCGCAAAUGCUUCUUCAGGGUAAUCCCUCCCUGGUCUCCGGGAGUGUUAGUGGUAUAUCACUGCCUCUUGAAGGACUCAGUUCGAGCACGCUCAACUUGCCGACAACUGCUGGAAUCACUUUAACUGGAAAUACCCUUAAGGGAUACCCCUUUUCAACUGGAGGACUUAUUCCAGUGACUAACUUUUCACCGGGACAAACUGGUGGUCUCGGAACAUUCUCCCUAGCAAAUUCAACUUUACCAAGUAGUCUGGCAAGUUUUGUGACGAGCUUAAGUGGAGCUUCACAAGCUACUCAAGCCAUAUCUACUUCUUCCGGACAACCAACAAUUGCUACAACUCAAAAUCUACCAUUCGAUGGUAGCAUAUUUUUGAAUCAACUUAAUCAAACAACAACCGCUACCACUCAAGGAAAUCUCCAAAUUCGUCCACCUAUUCAAGCUAUAGCCACUAAUGGGGGUAAUCAUACGUCUGUCACUAUGGUGGCAAAUGACAACAAUUCCCCACAAGUGGGCCUACGGGGAAGCAAGAGCAAUUUAAGCUUGGAUGACCUCGCUACUACUGAUACGGAGAAUUCUGGAAUUGGAGGGGGAGCGGGUAUGGAUGAGAGUGUCGACAAAGAGAGCGGUUCCUCUCCCUCCACAAGUCAGGCUGGUUCUAGAAGACCGAAGUCUGGAGGUCGUCGUAGUAGUGGAGUUGGUUCACGGCCCCAUCGACAAAACUUCACUGCUAAUCAGAAUCGAAUUCUCAAUGACUGGUACAACGAACAUCACUAUAAGCCCUACCCUUCAACUGAGGACACCAAGCACCUAUCUAAUUUAGCUGGACUUACUUACUCUCAGGUCAAAAAAUGGUUUGCAAACAAACGCGCUAGGACAUCCAGUAACGGAGUUCCAAGGCCUUUGCCACCAACAACGUCUCAAGAAACAGCUCCUGUAUCAAAUACUGAUACGACUGUUGCGGCAGCACUUUCAGCGGCAAGAUCCGCGGCGGCAAAUCUUCUUGCAUUAACAACAAGUACAACAACUACAACCAGCAUCCCACUUCAAGCUGUCUCUCAGGCUCCAAUGAGUAGCAUCAUAGUUCCUUCAGGUCUGAUGUUGAGGCAAAGCGGGCUUACAGUACUGGCUCCACGACCUCCUACUACUCAAGCGACUUCAGUAGUAGCUACCUCCACAGAACCAUUAAGUGAGGAAACAGCCAACCAUAUUCCAACUUCUCCAUCUAACGAAGAGACGACACAACCCGCUGCAUCAUCGGUUAAACAUGAGGAGGGGAAUGAGGAAAAAUCUGCCUCCGAUUAG